AUGUCAAUUUCCCAGGAGCUUUCUAAUAGGAGCAAGUCAUUUGUUUGGAUUGAAUCGGCUUGGUUUGCUGUAACUAAUGUCAUCGCCUUCUUCGGAAGCCUUUCGGUUUGUUUUGCAGUAUAUAGAAACCAGAGACUUCGAACACUCGCUAAUAUGUUUAUCCUAGCCCUGGCAGUCAGCGAUAUUAUGAUAUCUAUUUUCAGUAUGCCUUUUUCAGUUGCAACAUUGGUGCACGGCAGGUGGAUCUUCGGAGCAGAUUUUUGUCAAUUUCAAGCUUUCGCGCUGUUUCUGUUUGGGCUGGCAUCUCUCAACACUAUGGGGGUAAUCGCGGUCAGCAGAUACUUUUGUGUAGUGAAGCCAGAAAAGUACAUCACAUUAUUCACUAGGAAAAGAAUCUUCCUUUACAUAUCUUUCGUGUGGUUUUUGGCUCUUUUCGCCACUGUACCUCCACUGUUCUUUAAAGAAGGUGGAUACCAGUUUCAGCCGGGAAAGGCAAUGUGUUUAUACUCCUUCGAAGUUAGCAUUGGUUACACGGUUUUUCUUGAAUGCGUAUACCUUGGCACACCAUUAACCCUGAUCACAAUUUGCUAUGCUAAAGUGUUUUACACCGUUUCGCGAUCAAAUCGUGUUUUUUCGCAAGUGAGUAACCCUCAGCAGCUGAGAGCUAACGUGGAAGAAGCAAAAGUGACAAAAACUUUAGCAGCAGUCAUGGCUGGGUUCUCGUUUUGUUGGCUGCCAAUCUGCGUAAUUGAUUAUAUAGACCUUGCGCGGGGAAAACCCACUUUGCCCCGUCGGUUAUACUUAGUGUACGGGUUCUUGAUUUAUUUGAGCAGUACCAUUAACCCGUUUAUAUACGGUGCCACGAACAGGCUCUUCAGGCGAGAGUACAAGGCUAUUUUGGAAGCAAUUUUACGCAAACUUCCCGCUGUCUCUUCAGACUUGUUUAGACGCUCAAAUCCAAGUCAAAGCCAAAAUACCCAAUCUUCUCACGUCCAAACAAAUGAAAAAAUGGAAAUUGAAACUCUCUCAUAA